AAAUAAAUCUUAAAAAAAAAAAAAAAGUCCCACUGUAUUAGAAACCCUCUGGCAGGAAGCUUCCUCUUGCAAAAGCUAUAAACUCCCUUCCCUUCCUUGCCCCACCCACUCCCAUUGCCAAGAACAGGAAGUGUUUGCUCAGGGAUGCUGUGAAGAUAGAAAGACCAAGUAAAGAAGGAAGGAGGGUGCUUGAGCAGAAGAAGCAUAUUCUCUGAAGGUGCCUCUGCCCACCACACCAAGCAUAAGGCCACAAGGAAGAUCCCCACCUGCCUACCAGGCCAGCCUUCCCCAGAGAGAGCAGGUCUCCUCAUUGCCUUCAACAUGAACUGGCACAUGGUCAUCUCCGUGCUUUUCAUAGUGGUGCUUAAAAUUGUUGGAAUGACCUUAUUUCUGCUUUAUUUCCCACAGAUUUUGGGCGGAAAUCAAGUCAACUUCCUUCCCACAGAGAGCUAUGGAACAGUUCCACAAACUAUGGGGAACAGUAAUGUCACCUUAGUUCCCACAGAGAGCCCCGGAACAGUCUGCCCCAGAAGGUGGUAUUUUUAUCAAAGAAGAUGCUUUUUGUUGUCCCCUUUUGAACUGUCCUGGAACAAAAGCAAGGACUUUUGCAAGACAGAAGGAUCCACUUUGACCAUUGUUGACACACCAGAGAAAUUGAAAUUUCUCCAGGACAAAACUGGUGCUGAGAAGUAUUUUAUUGGCUUAUACCAGCAAGCAAAGAACAGAUGGCAUUGGAUUGACAACUCCAUAUUUAAUGGCAACAUUAGCAAUCAGCAUGAGAAUUUCAACUGUGUGACUAUAGGUCUAACAAAGACAUACGAUGCUGCACCGUGUGACAUCAACUUCCGCUGGAUCUGUGAGAAGGAAGCCAAAUGAUUGCCAUUCUCUGUGGCCUCUGAUAGUAAUGACAAAUACACUUUUGGAAAAAGCAAAAAGAAUAUAAUGGGGAUUGAUUCAGGAAAUGCAGAAUAUCAAAUUAUUCUAUCAGUCUUCCACAGGUCACUGACAGAGGUCCUAACAAAUCCUCAGGGCUUGGGCUCCGCAACCCCUCCAUAAUUACAUAAUUACACUUGCAAAGGCACAAGAGAGCUAAACUCCUCAUUCUGGGCCCGCAACAUCCCCAAGACUCCACUUCCUGUGGGUGUCACACCGUUGACUCUUUUUAGAUCUGCACCAGGCAUCUAGUCAGUGAUCCCCUACUCCAUCUAUCUAUCUGAGAGGUCUCUGCCUAUGUAGGGAAAUGAUCUUCUGGUUUGGGGGACUGGGUGAAAGCCAUCUCGAGAAGAUGGGGUCAUUUUAUGGAAACAACUUAGCUGAUAUAGUGACAAAGUCUAUUUCCACAGAACUGAGCAUUUCUGACUGAUCAACAGGCUGUUCUGACUGUUGCCAGGCUCUGUUUUAUCCUCAGAACACAUGCCCGUACGACCAAGGAGAAACUGCAGACUGAGCAGGUGAAGACACUAUUUAGAGAGUAGCAAGGGUGGAAGAGAAGAUUAGAAGAAAAAGAAACUCGGAUUCCUGACCUCUGUUCCCAAGAGACCCUCAUUCUCAUGGGUCAAGAGUCCCAUGUUCCCCCUAAACCCCAGGUGGGAUAGCAGAGGCCCUCCUCAGUCUGAAUUGAGGCCAGGCCUAGGGAAGGGUUCCUGGAACCAACCUUGGAGCAAAGAAAGCAUUGUUCACAGGAAUGGACAGUGGUCUGGCCAGGGCAGGAAUUUCCCAGGGAAUCCUUUUGAAAAUAACCAGACAGCCAAGAUGACCAACCAAACUAAUCAAUGUUUUCAACAAAGCCCUGAAGAGACACUCAGGCUUAAAUUCUCCUGGUCUUGACCUGAAUCUCCAUUUUAGUUUAUCUUUAUUACCUGACCAUGCUUUUUGAGUAUAUUCUAAGAAUUAUAAUAGUCUCCUGGUCUCCGGUGGUCAUAGCAUCUCCGGUGUCUGCCAUUUAGAGAAACCCUGCUACCAGGUACAACCUCAUGACCCAAAGAUGUCACACCCUUAAACUAAUUGGCAUCACACCAACCUAGAACUGGUUGAGCAAGGAGUAAAAAACAGGGGGACUAUUCAAGGAAACAUAGUGUAUAGGCAAGAAGUAGGCAUAUAGUAGAGAGGGAACACCAGGGACAAAUGGAAAUCAUAUGCAGGAGAAAUGGAGUUAAUUUAGCCAUACUGGAAUAAAGGCAAGAUAAAGACAACAAA